CGGCUUCCAAGGGCUGGCUUUGGAGCGGUGGCUGCGAGGCUGUGGGAAGCAGCGCCGAGGAGGAGAACAAAGUUUUCGCAACAUUUGGGCACCUGACUCCGCACCUUUCCACGCGCCUGGUGUCCAGAGCGAAGCUGCUCAGCCUGGAAGAGGACGGGUUUGCUCUUGGUGCGGCUCUUGAGGGGUGGGAAAGCAAAAAAGUUUUAGGCUCUUUUUAUUUUAUUAUUUUAAGCCUGCGGGGAUCCUCGAGGUGCCAACUCUGCUUCGGGGUAGGCAAGGGAUGUUCUUCGUCCGGGGAGCAGCCCCCGUUUCGCAUGGGAACUCACUGACUUGAGCGGCGUGCUUCGCGCUCCCCAGUCCUCGGAGAAAGUGAAGGCAGGCUGUUAAUAAUACACACGCCGACUAUUUCUUCAUAGCGUGCGGUGGGUUUGUGUGUUUCUCUCUCGCCGCCCCGUUUGGUAACCGGACCACAGGGUUUCCUUGGAGCUAUAUGGAGGGAUCUCAGCAUGGCUUGCACCAGGAAAACCAAAACUUUGGUGUCCACCUGCGUGAUCCUGAGUGGAAUGACUAACAUCAUCUGCUUGCUCUAUGUGGGCUGGGUGACCAACUACAUUGCCACGGUCUAUGUGAAAGUGCAGGAGCCGAUCUCGGAGAAAAAGUUAGAGGAAGACAAAGGGGACACGCUAAGGAUUAUAGAAAGGCUGGACCAUUUGGAGAAUGUCAUCAAGCAGCACAUACAAGAAGCACCUCUGAAACCAGAAGAAAAUCCUGCAGAAGCUUUCACUGAUUCAUCCCUCUUUGCUCACUGGGGUCAGGAUCUGAGCCCCGAGAACAGACGUAUUGCCCUUAAACAAUUCCAGUAUUAUGGCUACAAUGCUUACCUGAGUGAUCGUCUCCCCUUGGAUAGACCAUUGCCUGACUUUAGACCCAAUGGGUGCAAGAAUCUCACAUUUCCAGACAGUCUUCCUGAGGUCAGCAUUGUUUUCAUAUUUGUGAAUGAAGCUCUCUCAGUGAUUCUGCGUUCCAUUCAUUCUGCUAUUGACAGGACUCCUGCUCAUUUGCUGAAAGAGAUUAUUUUAGUUGAUGACAACAGUAAUAAUGAAGAACUCAAAGAGAAGCUAACAGAAUAUGUUGAUGAGGUGAACACACGGAAGUCUGGGUUCAUCAAGGUGGUUCGACACAGCAAGCAAGAGGGGCUGAUUCGCUCUCGUGUUAGUGGCUGGAGGGCAGCCACGGCUCCCGUAGUUGCACUCUUUGAUGCACAUGUAGAAUUCAACGUGGGAUGGGCUGAACCGGUACUAACCAGAAUCAAGGAAAACAGAAAAAGAGUCAUUUCGCCAUCAUUUGAUAACAUCAAAUAUGACAAUUUUGAAAUAGAAGAGUAUCCUCUGUCUGCACAAGGGUUUGAUUGGGAAUUAUGGUGCCGAUAUUUAAACCCACCAAAGUCAUGGUGGAAGUUGGAAAACACAACUGCUCCUAUAAGGAGCCCUGCACUAAUUGGAUGCUUCAUAGUAGACAGAGAAUAUUUCCAAGAGAUUGGUCUGCUAGAUGAAGGCAUGGAGGUCUAUGGAGGUGAAAACGUAGAACUUGGAGUCAGGGUAUGGCAGUGUGGUGGCAGCGUUGAAGUUCUUCCUUGCUCUAGGAUUGCCCACAUUGAACGAGCUCAUAAGCCGUAUACAGAAGACCUCACUACCCAUGUCCGAAGAAAUGCACUCCGGGUGGCUGAAGUCUGGAUGGAUGAAUUUAAAAGCCAUGUUUAUAUGGCAUGGAAUAUUCCUCAAGAGGAUUCUGGAAUUGACAUUGGUGAUAUUUCUGAGAGGAAAGCCUUGAGGAAAAAGCUGCAGUGCAAGACCUUUAGGUGGUACCUUGUCAGCGUAUAUCCAGAAAUGAGAAUGUACUCAGACACUGUUGCCUAUGGAGUGCUGCAGAAUUCUCUGAAAAGUGAUUUGUGCCUUGAUCAAGGGCCAGACACAGAAAAUAUUCCGAUCAUGUAUAUCUGCCAUGGAAUGACGCCACAGAACGUAUAUUACACAGCUAACCAGCAGUUCCAUGUGGGUGUUCUAAGUCCUACCAUUGAUGAUGAUGACAACAGAUGCCUGGUAGAUGUGAACGGCAGACCCCGACUAAUUGAAUGCAGUUAUGCCAAAGCCAAAAGGAUGAAGCUUUACUGGCAAUUUACUCAGGGAGGUCCAAUCCAGAACAGAAAAUCCAAACGUUGUCUGGAGCUGCAGGAAAACAGUGAUAAUGAAUUUGGAUUUCAGCUAGUUUUACAGAAAUGUUCCGGCCAGCGCUGGUCUAUCACAAACAUCCUGAAAAGCUUGCCAUUAUAGACUUUCAGGAAAAAUAACAACAAUCCUUCUACACAAUUCUCUUGCUACUGUGUAGCAACCGUUUGCAAUGUUGCCUGCUGUACUGUAUUUUUUUUCUUCCUCUUUUAACCUUUGUGUGUGCGUGUAUGAGUGGCUGGGUGUUGGAUUUGUGGGCUGAGAAAAGAGAUUUUUAUUUCAUAAUGACAUUUUCAUGGCAUUUAUAGAGAGAUGCUGAAUGACAGGUAAUGGUAGAAUAUCUUAAAAUAUUUUGCAACUGUAAAUAGGGAACAAAUGGAGAAUAUUUAUAACUCGGACAAUAAAAUUUUAUUGAUUAAAAACA